GCCGUCACUAGUGACGCUUUACAACACCGCUCCAUUCGUCCGUGUGGUUCUCUCCUCCUCACAGCGACAGUGUACAACCCACUCCACCAACCCACGAAAAGUCGAGUUACCAGCUUUGCCCUGGGACCAGCAUCCAAGGUUAUACGCAUCUUGAAACGCAAAGAGGGGGAUGGAGACACUCAACUAUAAGAUCAACGCAUACCUAGAAUCAUGGAUGGGACCAAGAGACUCCAGAGUGCGAGGAUGGCUCCUGCUGGACCACUAUCCUCCUACGUUGGCCCUGACUCUCCUGUACCUGCUGGUCGUGUGGAUGGGGCCGCGCUACAUGAAGAGCAGGCCGCCGGUGAACUGCCGAGGUCUCCUGGUGAUCUAUAACCUGGGCCUCACGCUCCUCUCCCUCUACAUGUGCUACGAGCUCAUAACGGCAGUGUGGGAGGGAGGCUACAACUUCGUCUGCCAGGAUAUACACAGCGGCGGAGAGGCGGACCACAAGAUCAUGCGUGUGCUGUGGUGGUACUACUUCUCCAAGCUGAUUGAGUUCAUGGACACUUUCUUCUUCAUCCUGCGCAAGAACAACCACCAGAUCACCUUCCUGCACAUCUACCACCACGCCAGCAUGUUCAGCAUAUGGUGGUUCGUCAUGAACUGGGUGCCCUGCGGACACUCCUACUUCGGAGCCACGCUGAACAGCUUCAUCCACGUGCUGAUGUACUCGUACUACGGGCUGUCUGCCAUCCCCGCCGUGCGGCCGUACCUCUGGUGGAAGAAGUACAUCACCCAGGGCCAGCUGAUCCAGUUUGUGGUGACCAUGGCCCAGACGAGUUGUGCUGUGAUCUGGCCGUGUGGCUUCCCCAUGGGCUGGCUCUACUUCCAGAUAUCCUACAUGGUCACCCUGAUAUUCCUCUUCUCCAACUUCUACAUCAAGACCUACAACAAGAGCCAAGGCGCGGCCCUGAAGAAGGACUACCAGAACGGCUCAGCGUUAGCCACCAAGAACGGCCACGUGAACGGCGUGGUGCCCAGCGACAGCAAAAACUACAGGAAGCUGCGAGCCGACUGAAGAGUCUCCUCUACAGAGGGGUAUGGGGCACCUAAGUCACGCCCUCUAUUUCCUGGUUCAUGGGGCAGAGGGAGUCAAAAAAUGAUUACUGGGCUUGAAAACGAGUGAUUUUUGGAUUUGUGGUGCAUAGGUGGAGGUCCAAGGUUUGGAUUGGUGUCAAAAAAACACUCAUUUUCAAG